AUGGCGGCCACACUCAUGGACCCCAGCAGCUGCAGUUACCUGCAGGAGAUCAAGCCUGUCUACAUUCCAGCAGGGAAGGGGAGGGCUCCCGAGGAGGCUCCGCUCUUCUCUGAGGAGCUAUUUGCAGUUAAUGGCAGCUGGUUGAGUCAGCUGGGUGAGCAGAAGCCCUUCCUCUCCGGCACGGUUCUUCGCGUCCUCCAGGAGCUGUGCACCCAGCCAAAGAGGGCCACCUUCCCCGUAGACGAGGACUCUUCUCUGGCCAAGGACACAGGGGUAGCUGUGCCUUCCUGUUGGAACUGCGCAAGCUCAGAAGGAACAGAUGCCUUUUGUAUUCCAGGAAGCACACUUGUUCCUCUGCCUUAUCAGCUUGCAGAACACACUGCACACUCCAGUGAUGGAGCCGCCUGCUCAGACAAGCGCAAGUGUUUUCUCUCUGCCUAUUGUUCGUCCUUCCCUUCUAAUCAUUCUCUUUCCAUUCUCCCACAGAGGGCUCAGAAGUUCGUGCAGCCUCUUCUCUUUGUCCCUUACUUCACGGCUCUUGGUUCUGUGUCUUGUGUGGCAGGGUCACCCUCAUGUGACUUUGCAGAGUGGUCCUGUGACUUGUCUUCCUUCACGGAUUUCGCUGGGCACACCAGACACUGGAACAUACAAAGUUCAUGCUUGUCAGACUUGAAGGUGCCUUCAUGCUUCCCCUUGCCCUCUCCUGGCUCCUUUCCCACUUUUCCUGCCGAGUCAGAGGUGAAGGUGGAGGAUGCCGCCCGUCCACACGCCCUCCUCCCCUGUGAGAAACUGGAUGAUUCUGAGCUCAGACAUUGCGACGUCUCCUUCCUGGACCCGAGCUACUUUCAGAACCACAGGCUGGAGACAGGGAAGGGCCAAAGAGAAAGGAGUGUGACUGUCACAGCUACCUCACAAUGGAUCCUCCGGCCAGGCCUGCACCAGGCACCACCACCACCACUCUUGCCGCCUGUGGCCCUGGGUCUGUUUCCCAGGAAACCCGACUCCCUCGCUCAUUUGGAGAAAGGCGACUGAAUUUUGUGUGUUUGUCUUGUAACCAAGCAUCUUACAAAGUCUUCUUGGAAAUUCUAAUUAUUGUAUUGAGAGUUCUUGGUGUAAAGUCACAUUAUCUUCCAAUAAGGAUGAUUUCACUCGUUUCCAUGGAGACACUAUGAAUCUUAUUUUCUGUUCACUAGAUAGAACCAUCAAACAAAUGGUCAGCAAUAGCUGUGACAAUGAGCAUUCUUGUCUUGUCUUUUAUCUGAACAGGUACAAACUGGAUGUCUAAGAGACACACUGUCAGAUUCUGGUAGUUUCCUUCUGUUUUUACACAGAGCUGAAGAACUGGAAAGGGUUACUCAGUGUUAGGCAAUAGCUUUCAGAUGUGCCUCGGCCCAGAAGACCCAGAAUGUAGGCUGUUCCCUUUACUCGUUAACAAGCCUCCUACAACUCAGCUCCUCGUGCAUUUGUAGGGUACAUUUUACUUAUCCAUAUUUUCUUAUUAACACAUUGAGUUGAAUUCAAUGAACUGUUUUUGUUUUAGAUAGAUAGGCAUCAAUAUUUGUAAAUGUAAUUCAUUAUUGCUUUAUUUCCCACAGAGUUCAGGCAAUGUAAUAUUGGCUUUUAAAACUGAAUUGUGAGGGCUGGGUGUGGUGGUACUACAUCUUUAAGCAGAGCACUCAGGAAGCAGAGGCAGGUGGAUUUUUGUAAAUGGAGUUCUUAAUUGGUCUAAGUAAUACAAACCCAGAGUCAGAUAAAGAGGAAAAUGCUGAGAGAUCAGAGAGCAGGGUCAGCCAUGGCCACACCUUAGAGUCUCUGCAGAUGAUGUGAUAUAGAAAUGAAUACUUUACACUGGUGUAGAUUUUGGCUUAUUGAUACAAAUUUAAGGUCAAUUUUGUUAUAUGUAUAUUUUUACUCUAGUUUAGGUAUUAUGUCUAUACAGCUCAUUUUAAAAUGUAAUGUAUAAUUAAACACAGAUUGUAGUCACCUA